GCCGCGCCGCCCCGCUCAGAGAGCCGCGUCCGCGUCGCCGCGGCCAGCGCGGGCCCCCAGGCCAUGCGCCCCCGCGCCGCCCCCCGAGUCCCCGCCUGCGCCGCGGCGGCGCUCGGGCUCGGCAGCCUCCUCCUGCUGCUGCCGCUCGCGCCCGGGCACGCGUGCCCCGCGGGCUGCGCCUGCACCGACCCGCACACCGUGGACUGCCGCGACCGCGGGCUGCCCAGCGUGCCCGACCCCUUCCCCCUGGACGUGCGCAAGCUGCUGGUGGCCGGCAACCGCAUCCAGCAGAUCCCCGAGGACUUCUUCAUCUUCUACGGCGACCUGGUGUACCUGGACUUCAGGAACAACUCGCUGCGCUCGCUAGAGGAGGGCACGUUCAGCGGCUCGGCCAAGCUCGCGUUCCUCGACCUCAGCUACAACAACCUGACCCAGCUGGGCGCCGGCGCCUUCCGCUCCGCGGGGAGGCUGGUCAAGCUGAGCCUGGCCAACAACAACCUGGCGGGCGUGCACGAGGCCGCCUUCGAGACCCUGGAGUCGCUGCAGGUGCUGGAGCUGAACGACAACAACCUGCGCAGCCUCAGCGUGGCCGCCCUGGCUGCGCUGCCCGCGCUGCGCACCCUGCGUCUGGACGGGAACCCCUGGCUCUGCGACUGCGACUUCGCCCACCUCUUCUCCUGGAUCCAGGAGAACGCGUCCAAACUGCCCAAAGGCCUGGACACAAUCCAGUGCUCCCUGCCGAUGGAGAGCAGGAGGAUAUCCUUGCGCGAGCUGUCGGAGGCCAGCUUCAGCGAGUGCAAGUUCAGCCUGUCGCUCACAGACCUGUUCAUCAUCAUCUUCUCCGGCGUGGCCGUGUCCAUCGCUGCCAUCAUCUCCAGCUUCUUCCUGGCCACCGUGGUGCAGUGCUUCCAGAGGUGCGCCCCCAACAAAGACACAGAGGACGAAGACGAGGACGAGGAUGACUGAGCCACCUCUUCCCGUUCGUCACUGUCCAGCACCGAGCCAGCAGCUCCUCUCUGAGAAGACAGGGAAAAGCAUCGGCCCCCAUCAGUGAACAGAACAGAGCCUGCUCCGCGUCUGGGCCCCCGGGUCCCCCACUGGGACCCCUGGUCACGGGGUUUAGAAUCAGCAGAGCAAAGAAGGGCAGAGCCUGCCUCUCAGGUGGAGGUGUGUGUUGGGGGAGAAGACGGCCAGGGCAGCCUUCGUAGCUGAUGGCUGAAAACCUCCCCAGCAGAUGUGAAGACUUGCGGCUUUUGACCACAAAGAUGAUUUUAUGCUGUUCUUUCUCUGACCUGGACUGGGAGGUCACGAAGCUUCCCCUUCCUCCCAAGUAACAGCAGCUCAAACAGUGGGGACUAAAAUUCAGAUCGUUCUCUGCAGGAGAAAGAAUUCCACCCUUUGUCUAAUAGGCCUCAGCAACCUUGGGAUGUUAUACUGAGAACAAAUAAACUGUGUGCAAGGGGCGGGCAUGGUGGCUGACACCUGUGAUCCCAGCACUGUGGGAGGCUGAGGCGGGAGGAUCGCUUUAGGCCAGGGGUUCAAGGCUGCAGUGAGCUGUGAUCACAGCACUGCCCUCCCGCCAGGAGAACAGAAUAAGUGAGACCCUGUCCCCCCCAAAAAAAAAAACCAAACAAAAGCAAAACAAAAAACCCAUGUGCAAUAGACCGAAUGUUUGUGUCCUCCCCCAGAUUCGCAUGUUGAAACCUAAUCCCAGUGUGAUGGUAUGUGGAGGUGGUGCCUUUGGGAGGGGAUCAGGUUUAGAUGAGGUCAUGGGUGUGGCCCGAGUGAUGGGAUUAGUGCCCUCAUGAAAGGGGCCCUAGAGAGCUCCCUCACCCCUUCUUCCACUUGGGGACCCGGUGAGAAGUCAGCUGUCGAUGAACCAAGAAGCGGGCCCUCCCCAGAACCCAACCAUGCCAGCACCCAGGUCUCAGACUUAAAGCCUCCAGAACUGUGAAAAUAAAAAUCUGUUGUUUCUAAGCCGCUCAAACUACGGUAUUGUGUUGUAGCGGUUGAAAUGGACCAAGACACCAUGUUUGGGAAAAUGGCACCAAGGAAGAAGCUAAGACCUGACCAAACAGUGUUUGUUGUUAUAUUUUGGUAAACUUUUGGGUUUACCAAAUGUUGGAAAAAUUUUGUUGACAUAACUCAACCCCUGAUCCUUAUCCUAAGAGGUGGCAAUUUGUAGCGGAAGGAUAGUUGCUUUGUACGAUUGUGAUGGUCUCUCUGCUCAGAAUCUUUCUUCCCUCUGAAGGUACAAUCGGAUUGUUCCUCUCUCCCAGCCCCUUCCUGGGCCCCUCCUCAGCUAAGUAACGCUUCGCCAUUCUCUAUGCCAUAGCUCCGGACUGGUCAUCUCCAGAACUCCUGAUAAACCUUCCUGGAGGCCAGGAUUCCAAUCAGCAGGUUGUACUGGAUCAACAAAAUGCUAAAAAAAUAUGCUGAGACGUGGCCUCUGAAAAACCUCCAUUGGUGGCCUUAGGGUAUAUGUGACAUUUCUUUGGCACAUAGGCUGUGACAGGCAGUGUUUUCCAGGAUGUGGGAUGCCGAACUUUGGUUCAGAGACAAUGUGAAACAAACAAGACUUGCGCCCCAGUGGGUUAAUACAAGAUGACUUGUGUUAGCAGCAUUGUCCCGGGCUGGGGGCUGAGACUUGGAACAGGGGCUCAUGAGAAGCCCUUGGGAUAUUUUUGAGAAUCAUUUUUCCAUUGUUCCCUAUAAUAUGUUACUGAUGUUUCUUUCCUUCAUUGCUUCUUUCCGUCCUUGCUUCCGUAAAUAAUUAUGGAGUGCUUAC